AUGCCUUCAGAAGACAACACGCCUUGCCAAGACAGCAUGCAUUGCCAAGAUGGCACACCUUGCCGAGAAAGCACAUGCCUUGCCAAGAUGGCAUGCUUUGCCAAGUCAGCAUGCAUUGCUAAGACAGCACGCCUUGCCAAGACAGCACGCCUUGCCAAGACAUCAUGCCUUCAGAAGACAACACGCCUUGCCAAGACAGCAUCCAUUGCCAAGAUGGCACACCUUGCCGAGAAAACACACGCCUUGCCAAGAUGGCAUGCUUUGCCAAGACAGCAUGCCUUGCCAACACAGCAUGCCUUGCCAAGGCAACAUGCCUUGCCAAGACAGCGUCUUGCCAAGACAGCACACCUUGCUGAGACAGCACGCCUUGUCAAGACAGCACUACUUGCCAGGACACAUAGCCUUGCCAAGAAAGCACACCAUGCCAAGACGUCACACCUUGCCAAGACGUCACGCCUUCCCAAGACGGCAUGCCCUACAAAGACAGCACACCUUACAAAGACAGCAAGCCUUGCAAAGACAGCACACCUUGCAAAACAGCACAACUUGCAAAGACAGCAUGCCUUGUCUCGACAGUAUGCCUUGCCAAGUCGGCAUGCCUUGUCAAGAGAGCACGCCUUGCCAAGACUGCGCGCAUUGCCAAGGCAGCACGCCUUGCCAAGACAGCAUGACUUGCCAAGACAGCAUGCUAAGCGAAGACAACAAGCAUUGCAAAGACAGCACACCUUGCCAAGACAGCACACCUUGACUAGACAGCACGCCGUGCCAAGACAGCACACAUUGCCAAGACAGCACACCUUGCAUAGACAGCAUGGCUUGCCAAGACAGCAUGCCUUGUGA